AUGGCUGUCCGCCAGCCACCAAAAGAUUUUCGCCAAUCCUUUGUCCCUAGCAAAGACUUGAAGAGACUUCUGGAUUUUCCAAUUCAUAAGCGAAAGGCACCCCUGCUUCUCAACUUUAUCCCAACAUACAAAUCAGUUCUCCCCGAUGUCCCUAGGAAGAAGAAGAAGAAGAGCUUAUCUCCACCUUCUGCCACUACCCCACAGAUUGCAUCCACAUCUUGGACAGAUCAGGGGUCAACUUCUGAUCCGUCCGAGCAACCAUCUACUUCAGUUCCAUACCUCGUUCCAAUUUCACAGCGCAGCCGUCGACGUCGAAUGGUUUCUACUGCUGAGAUGGGCCGCACAAAACUAGUUGUGAAAGAUCUUUUGGCCAGCAUUCCAUCAUCGGUUGAUGAUCAACCAGCACAAACCUUUCCUCCACCUAAGCCAAAAAGAGUUAAGAAGGCCCAACCAAAGGCUAAAGCCGACGCCAUUCCCUUGCCAUUUCCUCCAGCCCCAACUCCAAGUGAAGAUGUCGGCGAAUCUGAUGCUGAGGAUGAGAUCGAGGAGGAAGAGGACGAGGCUUUGAUUAGGAAAUCAAAAGACGCUGAUGGGGAUGAGGAAGGUGAUUUGGUUCCCAUAGAAGCUGUUCCUGAGAUUGCACCCGCAGACAUCCCUUCUGAGGUCAAGACUGUUGAAGUAACUCUCCAAGAAAUUGACGCCGAGAUAGCGGCAGAGAAGGAAGCUGAGGUGAGACUUCUGGAUUUGCCAAUUCAUAAGCGAAAGGCACCCCUGCUUCUCAACUUCAUCCCAACAUACAAAUCAGUUCUCCCCGAUGUCCCCAGGAAGAAGAAGAAGAAGAGCUUAUCUCCACCUUCUGCCACUACCCCACAGAUUGCAUCCACAUCUCGGACAGAUCAGGGGUCAACUUCUGAUUCGGCCGAGCAACCAUCUACUUCAGUUCCAUACCUGGUUCCAAUUUCACAGCGCUGCCGCCGACGUCGAAUGGUUUCUACUGCCGAGAUGGGUCGCGCAAAACUAGUUGUGAAAGAUCUUUUGGCCAGCAUUUCAUCAUCGGUUGAUGAUCAACCAGCACAAACCCUUCCUCUACCUAAGCCAAAAAGAGUUAAGAAGGCCCAACCAAAGGCUAAAGAUGAGGAAGGUGAUUUGGUUUCCAUAGAAGCUGUUCCUGAGAUUACACCCGCCGACAUCCCUUCUGAGGUCAAGACUGUUGAAGUAACUCUCCAAGAAAUUGACGCCAAGAUAGCGGCAGAGAAGGAAGCUGAGGUGGUAUCUGACCUUCAACAAUCUGGAGGAGAGGAGCCUUAG